AUGAUUGAUGUGUUAAUAUUUUUUAAGAUAGGCCUAAAUGUUUCAAAAGUCUGUUUCAAGGCAAGAUUUUUUUCCUUUGGGUGUGGGGGAAUGGGAGAGGAGCACAAUAACUUCUUAUGGGGCUUCCCAGGUGGUGCUAGUGGUAAAGAACCUGCCUACCAAUCCAGGAGAGGUGUAAGAGAUACAGAUUCAAGCCCUGGGUCGGGAAGAUCUCUGGAGGAGGGCAUGGCAAUCCACUUCAGUAUUCUUACCUGGAGAAUCCCAUGGACGAUAACUUAUCAUAGAUUGGUAUUAAAAUUACCAGCCUUGGGUCUUCCCUGGUGGUCCAGUGGUUAA